AUGGCCUAUCUGCCCCAUGCUCCACUACUCCUGCUGAUCAUUCUCGUGGUGCCUCCGAAUCUGAGCCAGAGUGAUAUUUUUGAAACAUUAUUUCCUACUAUGCAGAAACACAGAAUGAACAAAGUGAUGACCCAAGAAGCACUGGAUUAUGCUGUCAGCAAGUACAAUGAAAUCAGCAGUGACUUGAAUCUCAGCCGUGUUGUGGAAGUACUCAGUGUCUAUAAAUUGCAACGGGAAGGAACAAUAUUCUACUUUGAAGUGAUCCUAGGACAAACCAUCUGUAUGAAGGACGAGUCUGACCUGACCAACUGCCCCUUAUUUGAGCAGGCUGUUCAGCAAGAGAGAAAACUCUGCAUUUUCUUGGUUUAUGUCGCAUCUGAUGAGACCCAUCCAUCAAUGGAAACUUUAACCUGUACCAGAUAA